UUGCGGCAGAUGUAGGCUCUACCUGGAGGAUCGCUAUGGCAACAGGUUGCCAGGAGCGACGGGGCACUUCCGCUCCCGAGUUCCUGAGAUGAGCGGCGCGAGGAGGAGAGGAGUGCAGCGCGAGGCGAGCUGAAGAGGAGGUCUGCCCGGGCUCAGUCAGCACAGCCGUGUUGUUUUUCUGUCAUGAAGUGACGAGCUCUGCGGUUCUGGAAGAAGGACGCGUUUGGGUGAAGUCAGCCGAGAAACGUCGCGUCCAGCGGGGGAAUGGAGAACCGAGCUGACUGACGGAGACCCCGGAGCUCCCCCCGCUAACAACAGGUCCAGUCCUCUGAACUUCUUCCUCCCAGAAAUCUUCCAACAAAAGAAAAAGAGCUGGAGCCCAGACGAUCAAGCAUGGACGUGCCCAGGAUGGUCGAGGGCCACUUCAGCCACACGCAGUCCUACUCGGGAGGCGGCCAUCACGAUGCUCCCUACCUGACGCUGGAGCAGAAGGCCGCCUUCGUCUUCGUGCUGCUGCUCUUCAUCUUCCUGGCCCUGCUCAUAGUGCGCUGCUUCCGCAUUCUGCUGGACCCUUACCGCAGUAUGCCCUCGUCCAACUGGACAGACCACACUGAGAAGGACACGUUUGAUUAUCGCAUCGUCUGAGGAGCUCAGAGGGCGCACAGUUUAAAAAAAAGUGAAAUUGACUGGUUUGAUGCUUAUGAAGUGCUUUGGCCCUCGGAAAAAUGAACGAAAAUUCGCCUGGGGUGUGACAAAUUCCAGAAAACUUUCCGAAAGUAAAAUUUAAUUCGACAGCGACUCAACAGCGAGUUGUCGCUGAAGCUAAUUCAGCAGCUUCUUCCUGCCAAAUCAGAAAAUUCUCAACUGUAACAAAACAACCAGAACUGUAAAAUGAAGCUUAUCGAUCAAACCACUGUCUAACAGGAAGAACCAGCACUCGGAAAGGUUCAUACUCCCCUUCAGUUCUCUUGUGGACUACCUCACUCCGCCUCCAUCUCACGUAUGGAAGUACUUACUCAGAUCUCACACAGGGUCCAGUACCUUUCAAGGUACAAGCCAGAUGAAUUAUCACACUGUUUACAUCCCGCCAUGAUUACUCAUGUUCUAGGAUUUUUUUAUUGUUAAUGUAGACAAUCAGCGUUUAAAAUAGUUUUUAAAAAUUGCGGCGGGAGGGGACGGUCCUUAUUGCUUUUAGUUUUAAUUUGCAGCGAGCUUCAGAUGACUUUGAAUGAUGCGAUUCAGGCAAAGAGGAAGUGAUUGCCUUAUGUCUUUGUAAGAUGUGUAAAUAUGGUCCUAACUUUCUAAACAGGAAGAAAUGGCCAAGAAAAUGACAUGUGUAGGAUCACAAAACAGAUUUCACAACCACAAAGAAGAGGAAUGCACCAAUGUCACGUUUACUUAAGCCAAGCAAAAGGACAAGUGCUUACAUUUGAGUACUUGUUGAUGCAAAGUGCAGGCAAGAGUGCUAAUACGUGCAUUACACAUUUUACAAUUAGUAGAACAAGUACACUAUUGGACCAAUAUCUGAUACUGGUAUCAGUAUUACUCUAACAAAAAAAAAAGAAAAAUUGGAUUGAGAUCGUUCCCUUUAAUGUUUAGGAAUGGUACAAAGAGAAGACGUCUUUUUGUUCCGUUCAGUUUGCUAACUGUUCUACGUGUGUGAUAAAAAAAA